AUGGCGCUCCCACAACCUGAGCCCGUGCCGGUUGCGCCGCAGUCUUCCCUCUCGUUCACGCAGGGAUUUCUCCUAGGCCAAUUGUCCGUGGUGCUGCUCAUCGGCGCAUUCAUCAAAUUCUUCAUCUUUGGCGAAGCACCCCCACCUCCCUCGCGCGGCCUGUCAAACCGCACAACCCACCGCCGCUACAGCUCCGUCUACAACACCCCGCAAGACCAAAAGUCCCUCCGAGAAAAGCCGUCAACCUCCAAUGUCCUCCGUCCUGUACCCGCUUCUUCCACAAAUACCCGUUCGAUUCUCCGCAAGACAUACUACAGCGCCAUCCCUACCAACCCCUCCAAGCAUGGCCGCCAUCGGAUGCACCACUCAUCUCACCAGCCCGAGUCCCUGGACUGGUUCAAUGUCUUGAUCGCGCAGACAAUUGCUCAGUAUAGGCAAACUGCUUACUCGCUAAAGGAUUCGCCUACCUCCUCCAUCCUGAGCUCCCUGACCGCGGCCAUGAAUAACCCUGAGAAGAAACCCUCUUUCAUCGAUAAGAUCACCGUGACGGAUAUCUCGUUGGGCGAGGAAUUCCCCAUCUUCAGCAAUUGUCGUAUUAUUGCCGUCGAUGAUCCCACCAAUGCCGACGGAGGAAGGUUACAGGCCCUGCUAGACGUCGACCUCAGCGAUGAUAACCUGUCUAUCGCCGUGGAAACUCAAUUUGUGCUCAAUUACCCAAAGCCUCGCUCUGCUAUCCUCCCGGUCGCGCUUUCGGUAUCUGUCGUGCGAUUUUCGGGAACAUUAUGUAUCUCGCUCAUCCCCGCAUCAACCGAUCCACUCCAUACCCCAGCGGCAUCCCCAAUGCCAAAUCAAGACGCCAAUGCGGCUCCAGGCUCUCCAGAAGGCGAUGAGUCUUCCGAAGGCCAGAAACCACAAAAUGGUAGUCCCAAGAGCAACGUUGCCUUUUCAUUCUUGCCGGAUUACCGGCUAGAUCUUUCCGUGCGUUCACUCAUCGGCUCCCGCAGUCGCCUUCAGGAUGUGCCCAAGGUCGCGCAGCUCGUCGAAGCCCGUGUCCAUGCCUGGUUUGAGGAACGCGUUGUUGAGCCUCGGGUGCAGGUGGUCGGAUUGCCGGAUCUGUGGCCGCGCAUGGGUCGGACAGGUGUUCGUACUGGCGAGGACUCGGAUGCGGGAUCCACAGCUCCUCCGCGCAGCUCGGGCUCCGCCGAGGGUCCAAUGCGCUUCUCUGAUGAACGUGAGCGAGAGACUGAAGGACUGAGGUUCCGUGGGCCGGUGGAUCCCCGGUUAGGACUGGGCGGUGGCUCCCGCAGCAGUAGUUUCAAUAUGGAUUUGGUGGGUCUUCGGAGUGCCAGUAUGACUCGGGAGGAUAGUGCCGGGGUUGCAAGUGACCAUUUUGAAAUGCCCGGUGGCUUGCCUGCAGGGACGCCUGUUCCUCGAGACUGA